GUAUUUUGUUGUUGUUGAUGACAUAUGGGAUGUGGAUACAUGGCAUGUUCUUAAGCAUGCAUUUCCGGUGAAAAGUUCAGGCAGUAUCAUAAUCACUACUACUCGUAUAAAUGAUGUUGCUGAAUCAUGUCGUUCAACACCAUUUAGUGGAGAUAUUUAUUGCAUAAGGCCUCUUGACAUGGUGCACUCCAGGCAAUUGUUUUACACAAGAUUAUUCAACGUCGAAGAAAAUUGCCCCUCAUACCUUAAAAAGGUUUCUGAGCAUAUUUUGAGAAAAUGUGCUGGAUUGCCUUUGGCAAUCAUUGCUAUAUCUGGUUUGUUGGCUAAUACUGAAAGGACAGAGGGUCCAUGGAAACAAGUUGAAGAUUCGAUUGGUCGAGCACUUCAAAGAAAUCCCAGUGUUGAAGGAAUGAUGAAGAUACUAUCACUUAGUUACUUUGAUCUGCCUGCUCAUCUGAAAUCUUGUCUUUUAUGUUUGAGUAUAUUCCCUGAAGAUUCUGUUAUCAGUAAGAAAAUUUUGAUAAAGAGGUGGAUUGCUGAAAGAUUAAUUCAUACAGAAGCCGGAUAUAGUACAACAUAUGAGUUUGGUGAAAGGUGUUUUAAUGAGCUCAUCAAUAGGAGUUUGAUCCAACCUGCGGAAACCAACAAAUAUGGUAUGGUAAAGUACUGUCGAAUUCAUGACACAGUUCUUGAUUUCAUCAUAUCCAAAUCCAUCGAAGAAAACUUUGUUACUUUGGUAGGUGUUCCUAGUUUAACUGUUGGCACACGAGUUCGCCGGCUGUCCCUGCAAGCCGGCAAGCAAAAAGAAUUGAUAGUGCCAAAAGGCUUGGUGUUGUCUCAUGUCCGAUCACUUGAUGUGUUUGGAGAAUCUGUGAAAAUCCCUUCUAUGGAUAAGUUCAGGCAUUUGCGUUUUCUGGACUUUGAAGGUUGCAAACAACUGGAGAACCAUCAUCUUAAAAAUAUAGAUAACUUGUUUCAGCUGAGGUACCUGAGCCUUCAUGGGGUGAAGAAAGUAAGCAACCUCCCAGAACAAAUUGGACGCCUAUGGUGCUUAGAGAUACUGGACUUAACUGAUACGUCUGUUUAUGAGUUACCAGCAUCUAUUGUCAAUCUCAAGAGACUGGUGCACCUAUUGGUAAACCUGUAUGUAACACUUCCUUGUGGAAUUCCCAAGCUGCAAGCACUGGAGAAAUUGAAGCAUGUCAAUGUCUAUUGUCAGUCAUUUAACUUCCUGCAAGAAUUUGAGCAGAUGCAGAGUCUGAAAGUAUUGCACCUUCAUUUUGAGGAUUAUUAUUUUGUUGACGGAAUGGACGCUGAAAAUGAGUCCAAGAAAACUAUUAUUGCCACUUCCCUUACAAACCUAGGGAACCUUCUCUCUCUAACUGUUUGUGACGGCCCUGAAUUUGUAAGGGAGUCUUUGUGCCCUAUGCCACUUAGCCUCCAGAAGCUGAAAGUCUUGAAUUCUAGUAUUCCCCAUGUUCCAAAUUGGGUGGGCUCCCUUAUCAACCUCCAGAAAUUACGCCUUGAAUUGGUGAGAGCUGAGCAGGAAGAUUUAUAUAUCCUUGGAGGCUUACCUGUUCUGCAUUGUCUGAUUCUGAGAAUUGAUGGCCAUGAAAUUAGAAGUACCUCAUUAACAGAAGAGCUCGAAGUUACAAGGGUCAUAGUCUGUGGUGAAGUUGGAUUCCCAUGCUUGAGGAUAUUUAUUUUUGAUAGUCAGUGUGCUGUGAUGAAUUUGACCUUUGCGGCUGGAGCCAUGCCCUUGGUAGAUGACCUCUUGAUAGUAUUUAACGCAGAAGAAACUGGGUCUCCCGGUACCAGCGGUGAUUUUGAUCUCGGAAUAGAAAAUCUCCUCAGCCUCGUUAAAAUCAGAUGUGUAGUAUGGGGAGACGAGGACGACAGAGUUGAGGCUGCAGAAGCUGCCAUUCGGGAAGCAGCCAACGCACAUCCCAACCGCCCUACUCUACGCUUGGACUGAUAAUGCGUUGCCGGAAUCAAGGGUGCAACGCCAAAGGUUCAUCAUCACUGCAUUUCUAAGAUCGAAACAUUCAUCAUUCUCUGCGAGGAUGGAUCUGCCUCCCUGCACCCUGCUGGGCCGAGCAGAAGAUGUCGUCGAUGUUGUCGUGUCGUGGGAGAACGACACCAAGCACAAGGCGGCCCUUGACGUGAAGCUCAGAACACAAGAGGUCUGGACUCCGAGUCUCGACCUUGCCUAGUUGCCUUCCUGGCGGACCCUUUAGUUGCAAAGUUCAGAUUCAGAGUAUGACGUCAGGAUAUGCUCAUGCUCACCUCUUGCGUGACAGAAUCAUGGUAAAAUAUUGGAAGCUGUACACAUAAUAAACAUGAAAACAAGCACAUGUAACUUGUUAUAUACUCCUACUAACUAACUCUGUGUACUGAUUGUUAGAGUUAAGCACGAAUCCAAGAUUGCACGGCACAUGCAUGUGUGCCCUAGUUUGGUUAGUAUUGCAAACCGAGUAGGAUUAGCAGUACUACACGGAGUAGGAUUAGCAGUAGGCUAUGCUUAGCAUAUAUAUAUGCGUCUACCCCCAGCCCUUGUAACACCGAUCAGUUGAAAGCAAUAAGGAAAACCAAGGCACGUCAAGAGCCUUUGGCAGUACACCGAUUCGUUUGUGUUCGCUGAGUUCCGCUGAGUUGCUCCGUCGUAAUCGAUUCGAUCCGAUCGACUAGAGCUAGCUAGCAAGCCUGGUUCACGUAGCGGUUACACGGGCAACGUAUUGCUCCUGUGAAUCAAUUAACCUGCUUGCCUGCUUGCUUCGAGCCAGCUUUACACACGUACCUGUAUUACCUUCGGUCGCGAUUUGAUCUACAGUUCAAAAGCCAACACUGAUCUUUGUCCAGAUUGCAGGAUAAAACGGAGAAAAUUGCAGAGUGGGCAAAUAAGACGUGGUGGAAGGAGCCAGGUUCCGGGAGAGGUGAGGGCUGCCGCGGAGGAAAGCCGGCGGGAGGAGAUUACCAGGUUCUGGGAGACAGCUGCGAGGCACAGGUCCAAAGAGACCAUGCCCACGGAAAAAAUUGGUCGGCUACUUCGGCUGAACAGCCAACACGCACAUAGAUUAUGGCCUGAAUAAUCACGGUGAUUUUGAGGACUUGCUCUAGCUAGAAGAUGUGCAUGCUCUUGAUUUAUUGGUUUUCAACAUUGGUCAUAGGCUUCGAUGAUGUAUGUAUUAUAUUUGGGAGAGUGAAUUCAUAUUUCUACCACUA